AUGCAUCAUCAUCACCCGUCACUGGUUAUUCUUGCUGAGACAUGGGUGGGGAGGGAGAAGACUGAUGCUAUUAUCGCUGACUUGGGCUUUGACUCUUGGCAUCUGCUGGAACCUGAUGGCUUUGUGGGUGGCAUCCUCCUGAUGUGGAAAUCACAUAGUCUAGAUUUCCAUGUGAUAGGAGAAGGUGCUCAGGGGGUAUAUGGCGUGGUUGAGAAUCUAUGUAAACCUUGGUUAGUUAUAGGAGAUUUUAAUGAUGUUGUCAAUCAAAGUGAGAAAUUAGGAGGUCGGCCUGUUUCUAGAAAAAGAGCAGAUUUAUUUGCGUCCACUAUGGAUAACUGCCAGCUUGUUGAUUUAGGGUUUAAUGGUCCCAAAUUUACAUGGACUAACAAAAGAAAGUCAAAACCGAUCUUCGAGAGACUUGAUAGAGGGUGGGCUAAUACUGAGUGGAUCCAUCUAUAUCCUAAUGCGAACCUGUGGCAUCUCCCAAGAAUUACAUCUGAUCACUGUCCUAUUUUACUUAAUUUCGAAAAUGAGCCCUUUGCCCAAGGCGAUAAACCUUUUAGGUUUGAGCCUAUGUGGCUUCUUGAUAAGGGGUUCAGAGAGGAGGUUCUUAGUCGGUGGCCAAUCCCGUGUGUCUCGAUCCAGAAGAGUCUAAUCACGUUUAAGGACACCCUGUUAGAGAUGAAUCAUGCAACGUUUGGAAAUAUCUAUCGUAGAAAGCGUCACCUCUUAGCUAGGCUUAAGGGUACCCAGACUUACCUCCAGUCUCACCCUACGUCAGUUUUUCAUCAGGAUCUAGAAUCUCAGCUCCAAAAUGACCUGAUAAUGACCUUAGAGCAGGAAGAAGUCCUCUGGAAAACUAAGAGCCGCAUGGAUAGGGUGGGAGAGGGAGAUCGUAACACGGGGAUCAAUAGGUUAAGGGAUAAUGUGGGGAAUGAGAUCAUUGAUCAGAAGGGCAUUCAUGACCUAAUUCUAGCCUUCUAUCAGGAUCUGUAUUCUACAGAGAAAUCAUCUUGUAGGUGGAACCAAAAUGAGGGGGGAUAUUCAAGAGUGGUUUUUAGGCACAGUAGAGUCCCGGAGGAGCUUUGUCAGGCUCUGAUAUGUCUGAUUCCGAAACAGAGUUCCCCAGACACUGUUAAGCAGUUCCGUCCUAUAAGCUUGUGUAACACCCUGUAUAAACUUGUCACCAAGAUUCUAGUCAAUCGCCUUAAACCCUUAAUCUCGACUUGGAUCUCUCAUAAUCAAAACAGCUUUAUCAAGGGAAGGGGUCCUGAUGUUAAUCUUGUGGUUGCAUCUGAAGUGUUACAUUCCAUGAACAAAAAGAAAGGUAAGUGGGGCUGGUUCGCGCUAAAAAUUGACCUUGAAAAGGCAUAUGAUCGUGUUGAGUGGGCCUUUGUGAGGGAAUGUCUUACGAACCUUCAGCUAGAUCUUCCUGCUAUUGACCUGAUUAUGAGCUGCAUUUCCAAUGCCUCCUCUCGUGUUCUAAUCAAUGGUCGCCAGUCUGAGGAGUUUAAACACUCUAGGGGCCUUAGACAGGGGGACCCUAUGUCUCCCUACCUAUUCAACAUUUGCCUUGAAGCUUUGACGGGUAGGAUCAACGAAAGUUGUAUGAGCAAAGUUUGGACUCCAUUUUGGGUUGGGAGAGGUCGUGUCCCCAUUUCUCAUCUCCUCUUUGCUGAUGACCUCCUCCUUUUUGGGAGAGUGGAUGAGGACACAACUUUUGCAGUCCGCACAGUUUUGGAGAGGUUCUGUGAGGACUCAGGUGAAAAGAUUAACGAGGCCAAAAGCAAGCUCAUUUUUUCCCCUAACACUACCAUUGAUCAUAAGAGGCUCUUUAUUGAGACUCUUAAUAUUGAGGAAUCUAAGGAUUUAGGCAGUGGAUGA